AUUACUCCGUUUUGUUUUGAACUCGCUAAUAUCUGCGUAUAAUGGGCGAAUAGCGACGUGGCAAGAUGUCUCACGUCGAAUCAUGCAAGGUCCGGCAGCAAAAUGAAUUGGAGGUCUUGAAGUCCAUCUUUGGGGACGAGUUGCGCGACUUGAGGAAGAAUAAGAACAAAAAGAAAUGGCAACCUCUAGAUAUCAUAGUUACCUUGACACCACAGAAAGGUAUGUCUGGACCGGCGGAGGUUUAUGCGCAGAUAGAUUUGCACAUUAUAUGCUGCGACAAAUAUCCUGAUGAAGUACCAACCAUUCAGCUGAAGGACAGCAGAGGUUUGUCUCAUCAACAGGUCGCAGUUUUGUCAUCGGAACUCGAAAACCUGGCACAACAAUUGAAGGGCGAAGUUAUGAUUUUUGAAUUCAGUCAGCAUAUACAGAAAUACCUGCAUGAGCAUAAUAAACCUGGUUACAGUAGCUUUUACGAAGAGAUGGUGUCGAGAAAUCAGGAGAGGAUACAGUGUGAGAUGCAAGAGAAACAGAUGAAAGAGGAUAAAGAAAGACAGGUUUUACAAGACGCCAUUCAAAAACGUCAGGAGGCCUUAAAGGCUGAAAUGCGCACUCGGAAGGAAACGAUUCGACUGAACACAGAUUUUGACACUGUCUUUCGAUCCAUACCUUCGUCUCCACACGAGCGAGGGACGAACCGUUUCAGACGUCGAUGUGUCAGCACGUCGGAGAGUUCCGAAGGAUCACUAUGCGAGCAUAGAGGCACCAAGCUCAUCCACUUUGACAGUAAUAAAGGCGAGAGGCAAGUGCACCGAGGAAAAUGCCUGGGGCAUAGCAUGAAGGAUUCCGUGGUAUACGCUGGCGUAGAUAUGACCACUGGAGAACUAUUAGCCAUUACGGAAUGGACGUUGAAAUGCUCGAUGGCGAACGGUGGAUGCGCCACUCAGGAAGCCAUCGAUAUACAUCACGCUAUGAAGCAGAUUGCCAGUUUGGAGCAGGAGCUGAAUCACUUGUACAGAUUGCAUCAUCCAAAUCUCGUGCAUUAUUUAAACAUGAAAUAUUUACAGAACAACAACAACGUGGUGAUUUACGUGCUGCAAGAGUUCGUGGUUGGAACCACGUGCUCCUUCUUUCUGAUGGAAAACAUUCCAGUCGACGUCGACAUGUUGAGACAUUUGGCAACAGGUGUCCUUGAAGCGUUGCGAUACCUCCACGAGAAUAAUGUAGUGCAUAAAGAUUUACGCGACACCAGCAUUUAUAUAGACCAUACGGGUGUUGUAAGAUUGUCCGACUACUCUUUAGAUAAGAGACUGUCAGAUAUGUAUCAUUCAAAUUCCUUAGCAAAGACUGAACACGAUUUUCCGACGAUUCAAGGUCGAGGUGGUAAAAAGGCAGACAUAUACAGAUAUGGAAUAUUACUGCUUUCAUUACUUAAAGGAACUAUCAUAUCCGGGGAGGAAAUCGAUCUAACUGUAAUCCCACAGCUUCAUUUGAGAGACUUUAUUUCGAAAUGUCUUAUCGAUGAUGAAAGAAUGCGCUGGUCUGCGGAACAAUUGCAACAACAUGGUUUUAUAAGAAUACCGUUAGAACGUGGCUUAUCACCCACGAUACCGAAUCACGAUGAGAAGGAAGACAAUUUAGAACCGGAAGAACCAGAUAUCGAUAUUCAAUUGCAUUUGCCAUCGAUGGGUAGACAAUCGCGAAUACGAAAUGAAUUUGAAGUCUUAAAGUGGUUAGGAAAAGGAGCCUUUGGCGAUGUUCUGAAAGUGAGAAAUAAACUAGACGGCGGUAUUUACGCUAUCAAACGCAUAGAAUUGAAUCCAAAGAAAAAACAACUGAACAAGAAGAUUACGCGCGAAGUGAAAUUGCUCUCCAGAAUGAAUCACGAGAACGUAGUACGUUAUUACAAUUCGUGGAUCGAGAGUACCACGGAUUCGAUCAGGCAUAGUCAGUUCACGCCAAUCACCACGUCUUCAGAUAGAAUGGCCAUCACACAGGACAAAAUGGACAUAGUUAAUCAACUGGAAAGUGAUGAGAUAGAAAAGUUUGCUCCACCGUUACGCGACGUUGAGUGGAAUAUAUCGUAUGAAUCUCGGGCGAAUGUGGCUGAUAGCGAUGAUGAGAAUAGCGACUCUUCGACUGAUUCCGAUAGCGAAGAACACUGUUCGUUCCUAAUGCGAAAUUUACUACGCAUCGAAUCUUCUGAUAGUAUUGAAUUCGAAAGAGAUAGUGUAUCACAAAAAUCCGCAGUGGCAUCAGACGUUUCGAAUAAUGACGUAAAAAGUACAGAAACCUCUAGUGAAGAUACCACAGUAAAGGAGAUUCAAUUUAUGUAUAUACAAAUGGAAUUCUGUGAGAAAAGCACAUUAAGAACUGCCAUAGAUAAUGGUUUGUAUGAAGAUGAGGAACGUUACUGGAGACUGUUUCGAGAAAUUGUAGAAGGUCUGGCGCAUAUUCAUCAGCAGGGUAUGAUACACAGAGAUUUGAAACCCGUAAACAUCUUUCUCGAUAGUAACGAUCAUGUCAAGAUAGGAGAUUUCGGACUGGCCACAACUAAUAUAUUAUCGUCGUGGGUUCACACCAUCGAUGCUGAUAAAGAAUCACAGUUUGAGAAAGGUGGAAGUUAUGACGUGGAAGAAUUGGGAUCUCUCACCGGUCAAGUUGGUACAGCUUUAUAUGUAGCACCUGAACUUUCUGCGAAAGCCGCCAAAGCGAUUUAUAAUCAAAAAGUGGAUAUCUACAGUCUGGGAAUUAUCUUCUUCGAAAUGACGUACAAAUCGUUAACUACCGGAAUGGAGCGCGUCAAGAUCCUGUUAAACUUGCGCUCGAAAGAAAUUAUUUUCCCUCCUGAGAUAUCGGAAACAGAUAUGUCACCUCAAGUUCAUAUCAUACGUUGGUUGCUGAAUCACGAUCCAAGUCAACGGCCUACUGCUCAAGAAUUACUCUCUUCCGCGUAUUUGCCGCCGCCAUUAGAAGAUACGGAAUUGCAAGAAGUGAUGCGUCACACGUUGUCUAAUAGUCAAAGUAAAGCAUAUAAAUAUUUAGUGGCAUCAUGCUUCACGCAAGAUGUUACGCCAGCGGAAGAUAUUACUUAUGACAUGAAUUUGCCUGCUAGGGGAAUGCCAGUUCUUUCCUCAAAAAAGCAAUUUCUACAGGAAAGUGUCAAACAAAAGAUCGUUGAGAUAUUUCAAAAACACGGCGGAAUACAUCUUGCGACCCCACUCUUAAUGCCUAAAUCCGUUCAGCAUUCCAACUUUACCGAAUCCAGCGUGAAAUUGAUGACCCGCACUGGCAGUAUAGUUUCCAUUCCUCAUGAUCUUCGUACCCCUUUUGCUCGAUACGUCGUGUGGAAUAAUAUCUCACAUAUUCGAAGAUAUUCUAUUGAACGUGUUUUCAGAGAUAAAAAGGCUCGAGGAUUUCAUCCAAGGGAAUUAUACGAAUGUGCUUUCGACAUCAUUAGUCCUAUAGAUAGCAAUUUAAUGACGGAGGCUGAAUUGAUCUUCAUUAUAUGGGAGAUCUUUAACGAGUUACCGCAGAUUCGGGAACAUAAUUUUAUAGUGCGCCUAAAUCAUACGUCGCUAUUACAAGCUGUUCUAAUGUACUGCGGUGUGGAAAAGGACAAGUAUCAGGACAUAUAUUCCAUACUACAGGAUGCUCGCGACGGGAAAUUAACUAAAUUCCAGGUCCAAACACAUUUGAUAAGUUUAUGCUUGACCGAUCAAGCUAUGGAAACACUUUUCAAUUUACUCGAAACGGAAAGCUCCGUUGCGAAAAUCACCAGUGUCUUGAGAACAAUAACGAGAAGAAAAGGAGACGCUGCUGGCUUAGCCAAAGAAGGCUUAAAAGACAUAGAGACUGUAAUAUCUAAUGUAGAAAGUUUGGGCGUUAAGUGGCCUAUUACUGUCGUACCUUUAUUAACGUACAAUGUACAACAAUACAGCGGUGUGAUAUAUCAAAUAACUUGCGAGCUACAGCAUAGACGGAGACGAGGCGGUCAAGAUAUAAUAGCCGCGGGUGGUCGAUACGAUAAAAUGUUGGUGUCAUUUAGAAAAGUUCUGGAGCGUACUGGAAUGGCUGGUAAGGAGACGAAACAAUACGGCGCUGGUAUUAGCAUAUCGUUAGAUAAGCUGGUGUCCGCUGUUAUCGAGGCGUGCGAGGGUGGCGAAAGUAAAUGCGGUAUCGACGUGGCUAUAUGCUGCGAAGGAAGUCCUGAUAGCGAGGGAAGAAGAGAAAAGGAUAUGAUUAAUGUAUUACGAGAAAUCUGGUCAUUAGGAUUAAAAGUUACAACAUUAGAUCUAUGCACUAUGGAGGAGAUAUUGGAAUACUGCCAAGAAAAUUCUAUAAAUCAUAUAGUACUAUUAAGAAACGGUACUUUAAGAGUGCAAACGUGGGAGAGGGAUCGAUUUCAAGAGAAAAAAUGGAACACCAUACAAGAUAUUGUCGAAUAUUUACAACGACAAUCGGAAACCACGUUGCCGAUCUUGAAUAGAUCUGAAAGUAAAAUGAGUGGGAAUGAUAUAUCUGUAGCGAACAGCAAUCCCGUUAACGUUAACAUUAAUUUUAUUCUCUCUGAGCGAGACAAACUGUCCGGAAGUGGCAGGAGAAGUUUUAAGAAUACCAUAUUAGCACAAAUGUCCUCGUCCUUGCAAAGAAUAUCGUACAAAGUUCCUGUAGAGGUCUUUGCAGUCUUUUUGGAGAUGUCCGUUAUAAAAACAAUGAUCAGUUUUCUGGAGAUCGACGAAGAGGAACAGGCCUUUCAAAAAAGUAUUCAGAUCGUAAUAGACAAGCAUCCACGACAUAAGAAGUAUGUCAAACAAAUAUGCGAAGAAAUGAGGGAAUUACGCAACGAGAAGUCCAAGCCUGUAGAGAUCCUUUAUAGCUUAAUAGAUAGUAAACAUAUGACGCUAAUAUAAGUGAUAUCGACGCCGAAGAAUAUACAUAUAUUUUCGUAACAAUUAUGUGAGAUCAAUACUGAUGAGUGAUUGGAAUUGUAUGAUAGAUGAUCAAGACAUAUACAUUAGAUACUUAAGCAUUUUUGUACUGCAUAUAUAUUUUUAAAGAUCAACGUUUAAUAAAAAAAAUGAGAUUAAGACAUAA